AGGUAUCAUGUCUAUUUUAGAAUACAAUGGUGCCUCCGUGGUUGCCAUGAAAGGCAAGAACUGCGUGGCUAUCGCAGCAGACAAAAGACUUGGUAUUCGAUUUCAGACUGUAUCUUGCGACUUUCAGAAGAUAUUCCCCAUGGGCAAGAAACUAUUUAUUGGUCUGCCUGGAUUGGCCACAGACGUCAUGACCUUUGCUAACGAACUGAAAUUCCACACAAAUCUCUACAGUUUAUCGGAAGACAGAGAACUCAGUCCUAAAACCUUCCUCAGUAUGGUCUCAAAUUUCCUCUACCAACGUAGAUUUGGUCCCUAUUUUAUUGAACCAGUUAUCGCUGGACUUGACGAAAAAAACGAACCAUUCAUCGCUUCAACUGAUCUGAUAGGAUGUCCGAUGGUAACUAACGAUUUCGUAGUCGCUGGAACUUGUCUGGAACAGCUGUAUGGUAUGUGUGAGACUCUCUACAAGCCAGAAAUGGAACCAGAUCAACUGUUCGAAACUAUUUCCCAAUGUCUCCUAAAUGCUCAAGACAGAGACGCAUACAGUGGAUGGGGUGGUGUUGUGUACAUUAUUGAGGCCAAUAAAAUUACCAAAAGGGAGCUCAAGGCAAGGAUGGACUAGAACGUUUCAGAUAUUAUUGAUAAAUGUGAUUUGUAAAUAUUGUUGGAUUUCUGGCGAUUCAAGUCCGUACGAUAUUUUAUUUGUUGUUGGUUAAUUUGUAGUUUGGCAGGGUUUCCAUAAUAAAUAAAUUUAUUUGAACAUCGUUAUCUAAGAGCAACUAGCUGCUAAGGCACUAAUAUACCAGUCUAGCAAUGGAGAAGCUUUAUUUGUACUAGUUUCCAUUUAUCUAGGAUGAUAUAUAAUGACUACAAGAUGAGCAGGUUCUCAAUUUUAUGAGAUGUUAAAGUUAAUACACAUGUAAUUUCUAAAUUACUUUGUAGGCAUUAGCCGCUAUUUAGAAGGACCUUGUUUCGUUUCUCAUUUACAAAUACCAAAAGUUGACAAACAGCAGCUCUCCCCAAAGUAAAGUGCACCAUAUUAAUCAGAUGUACGGGAAAUUGACGACAUUAUUAUAACGAGUGUGGGGAACAUCCUGUUGUACACCCAAAUGUUACAAUACACUCCCUGACAUGUAUUAUAUUUACUUAAUUACACCACUCCUAAUUGCAGUCUAACUAACUAUUCAGCUCACAUCGGAAGCCGACCAUAUGUAGCCAAGGAUCACAGAGCCAGAGUUACACGUGCUCAUUAUACCCUUCUAAGAUGCUGAAAGCUAAGACAUUUGUUAAGAAAACGAAGAGGGGGAAUAUUAUAAAAGUAGUACGAGAGCACUACCUGCGAGAUGAUCUGUCCUGUGGAAGUUUGCUCUGUGGCGUUUGCCCUAAUUUGUCCCCUGCCAAGUUGUGUGUAAAGCAGAAUGCUGAGUCUUCUAUUGUACCUAAACCUCACUACCUGGUUAUUGAUACCAAUGUAGCCCUACAUCAGAUUUCCUAGAAGAUCACAACAUCACUGAUGUAAUCGUCCUUCAAACUGUCCUCCAAGAGGUGAGGCAUCUCAACGAUUCACUGUACAAGAGAAUCCGAACGAUAAUCGAGAACAACUCCAAACGAUUCUUCGUGUUAUGUAACGAACAUCACCGUGCUACUUACAUAGAUCGUGAACCUAACGAGUCCUGCAACGACAGGAACGACAGAGCUAUCAGAGUAGCUGCAGCGUGGUAUGAAGAACAUCUGAAACAUUUGGAUGUAGAUAUCGUGCUUCUUACGAAUGAUAAUGAUAACAGAGAUAAGGCCAUCAAAGCUGGGCUUAAGUCUUAUCAGGUGAUGGAUUACGUGAAGAGUCUGAAAGGAUGUGAGAACUUAAUAGAUCACCUGUCAGUCCAAGAGAAAGGUGACAAGACGUCCACUGUACACGAUAAGAAGGUGAUGUUCGACGAGCAUCUCUCUUUAUACGACAUAAAGAUGGGAGUUAAGAGCAACCGGUAUCAUCAAGGAAAGUUCGAGGCGUCCCGUGAGAAUUAUCUAGAAGGAUUUGUAUCGUGUACAGCGUACGACAAACAGGUUAUCAUACGUGGACUCAAGAAUCUAAACAGAGCUGUUCAUGAAGAUGUUGUCGCUAUUGAAGUAUUCCCUAAAAAUCAGUGGGUUGGUUCCAGCGGAACAGUCCAGCUUGACGAGAAGGUAGACGAUGAAGAAGACAUGAACACCAUGGCUGAGGGAACCUCCGAGAGCAGCAUCUACGUGAGACCCACUGGACGCGUUAUCGGCAUCAUCAAACGAAACUGGAGGAACUAUUGCGGAGUGUUGCUUCCAACUGUAAACACGGAGAAAACCAGACACAUCUUCAUCCCAUCAGAGAAGAGGAUCCCGAGGAUACGAAUAGAGACCAGACAAGCAGAUGUACUGAUGUCACACAGGAUUAUAGUCAGUGUGGACUGCUGGCCCCGAUCCUCACGGUACCCAUUAGGUCAUUUCAUCAGAGAUAUAGGACCCAUGGGAGACAGGGAUACUGAGGAGGAGGUGUUAUUGUUAGAACACGAUGUUCCUCAUCUACCAUUCAGUAAAUCAGUGCUGGACUGUCUUCCAAAGUUGCCAUGGUCUAUUCCUGACUACGAGUUUGUGCUCCGGCAAGAUCUGAGAAACACAACUGUGUGCAGUGUGGAUCCGCCCGGCUGUACUGAUAUCGACGAUGCUUUACAUUACAAACCUUUACCGAACGGAAACUGCCAGGUUGGAGUCCACAUCGCAGAUUUGAGUUACUUUGUCCGACCAGGAACUGCCUUGGAUCUAGAGGCCCAGAAACGUGGAACCAGUGUGUAUCUGUGCGAUAAGAGAAUCGACAUGGUACCUGAGGUACUAAGUUCUAAUCUCUGUUCUUUGAGGGCUAACGAGGACAGACUUGCUUUCAGCGGCAUCUGGGAGAUGACCAAAGAAGGGGAAAUAGUGAGCAGGAGAUUCUGUAAGACAGUGAUCAGAUCAGUAGCAGCUCUAACCUACAUGGAGGCUCAGAUACUGAUAGAUGAUAAGAGUAGGACAGAUCCACUCUCGGAGGGACUGAGAGGGCUCAAUGAGCUGGCUAAGAAGCUGAAACAGAGAAGGAUUGAGGCUGGAGCUUUAACUCUUGCUUCACCUGAGGUGCGAUUUCACAUUGACAGUGAAACACACGAUCCUAUCGGUAUCGAAACAAAAGAACUGAAAGAAACAAAUUCUUUGAUCGAGGAGUUCAUGUUGUUAGCGAACUGCGAAGUCGCGCGACACAUUGAGAAGGAGUUCCCCCAGUGUGCCGUCCUGCGUCGCCAUCCCUCACCACCCCUGACAAACUUCGACUUGCUGGUCAAUGCAGCAGCGGUGAAGGGGAUCCAAGUGAAGUGUAGCACAAACGCUGAACUAGCAUACUCGCUGGAGAAUGCAAACAUUCCGGGCGAUCCUUUCUUCAAUAUUCUUCUGAGGAUUGUCAGUACAAGGUGCAUGAUGCAGGCUGUCUACUUCUGCUCAGGAAUGUUGCCUGAAGAGGAAUAUUUCCAUUACGGUCUGGCAGUACCAAUGUACACCCACUUCACCUCUCCAAUCAGACGAUAUCCUGAUCUCCUCGUCCACAGACUCCUCGCUGCAAGUGUUGGGCAGGACAAGACUUAUACUGAGCUGCUGGACAGAAACAUUGUACACGAAUGGUGCGAGAACAUGAACUACCGUCAUCACCAAGCUCAACUAGUACAGCGAGCUUCCAUCGCUCUCCAUACACAACUCUACUUCAAGGACAAAUGUAUGGACGAGGACGCGUACAUUCUCUUCGUACGGAGAAACGCUGUCGUCGUACUCGUUAGAAGGUACGGGUUAGAAAGCACCAUAUUUCUGAAGGCAGUGGAUUCAAAGGUUGAAUUUGUGUACGAAGAAGAUAAGUGUAAAUUGACAGUGGGCAGAGUUACCUUACAAAUGUUCGACAGAGUUAUAGUUCAGAUCUCGGUGGAAGACUGCAACAUUCAGCACAAGAAACUGAGGAUGAAGCUUGUGAACCCCAUUAUACCUGGAGUUAGCGUGGAACCUAUUUACGUUACUAUGGGCAAUAAUGACGAGCCCCACGUGCCCCGACCUGAUUCUGCCAGACACUGAUGAUGUGUCUUCGCAAUUGAGACACGUGAUCAGAUAUUUAGUCACACGUGAUCGAAUAUAUAAGAGACAUAUGAUCAAGUUGUUUAGACUUUUUUAGGUUUUUAUUUUUAGACAGAACCACAAUGCCAGUGGCGUUGCUUUUAAUUUAUGUAGCCUGGCUUUAUAUUGGCAGUGUUUGACUGAAAUGGGGGCUAAUGAAUCAAAGCACCGUGCUUUAAAAGCACGGUGUCAACUGCCAAAAGCAGAGAUGUUUUUAACUAUCAUUUAACUUAUUCUCUAUUUAUUGACCAUUUGAUAUGUUUUGAUUAUUUUGAACUUUUGAAA